AUGUCGCGCAUGCUGACGACCAAGCAGCUCCAGUACGACAUGGACGACGAGAGAGCCGCCGCGUCGUCGCCGAGAGCGGGCGAGCAGCGACGAAGGCGGCAGCGGCAGCGCGACGCCCAGCGCCGUCAUCGCCAAGUCAUCGCCGAUGAGAUCCACGAGCUGCGCCACACCGCCGCCUGGCUGCGAACGUCGCUCGCGAAAGCCAACGUGCGGCGCCCGUUGACAUGGAAAGAAGUGGCGUUCGCGCUGGCCGAGACGCGCAAAGAGAGUGAAGAGGAGUACAAGGCGCUCCAGCACGACCUGCGCCGGUGGCAGCACCUCUCGUCCAUCAUGUUCCAGUGGGUGAAGCAAGCCAGCGAGGCUCCGUGCUACCAGCUGCAAGAGCAGCGGAAUUGGCGGCACCGGUCGCUCUUGUCAGACCCGAAUGCGCGCAAGAUGGGCUACGACUGGAUCAUGAACCAGAUGUACUACAACCUCCCGCGCACCUUGGCCGAGACGGGACUCCCAGCGUCGACGGAAGCCUACUUCUCGUUUGAUGUUGUCGACGUGGACGACCCGACGCAGACCGUCGUGGUCGUGAGUCAGUUUCCCGUGCCCGGGAGCUUUGAAGACACGAGCUGCAUCAUGGAGAGCCGCUUUGACAGAGCCCACGCCCUCCAGGUGCUCGAAGUCCCCGACAACGACACUCGCUACGUGCGCUUCGUGUACAAGCCCGAGUGGCAACAAAACACCAUCAUCCGGGUCGUCCGCGAGCCGUCGCGCCUCAUCUUCCUCACGCAGUCGAUCCAAGAAGACGACGUCCAUGGAGGCGGGGGUGGCCUCACGCGCUACUGGUCGAGUUGGUCCAUCGUCGAGCGCGUCAGCAAGACGUGCACGCUGGUCAAAAAUCGGUACUCGAGCGCAGCCUGGGAGACGGACGCUGGGUACGUCCCGCUGGAAGCCAACGCGUCCGUACAAGAGCUCAUGCGGACGCACCCGACCAAUUGGUUCGACAAGCACCGACAGUCGCGCUACGACACCUGGCGCCGAGGCUUUGAAGAAGAUGUUGUCGACGUGAGCACUCGGCUGGCGACCAUGCAGUAA